CGCACAUCUCAUCCGAUAUAUAUCUCGCUGGCAUUUGCUCUCGUACUCGCUGCUUACACACUCUUACGCACCUCAUCAUGCCUCUCUCUCUCCCCACCUUCGACGAGCUCAAGAAGCACGACCCGCCCUUCAACGCGUGGAAGGACUACCCGAACGAGGAGAUCGGGCGCCUCAACCUCAUCACCCCAGAGAGCAUCAAGCGCGGCCGUGACGCCAUCAAGCAUGGCAUCGCCGUCAACCUCAACCUUCCCCUCACGACGUUCCCGUCGCUCAACCCCGCGGUGCGCCCCAUGGUCGAGCACGAGGUCGUGUUCCGUGGGCACUGCCUUGACGACCGUGUGAGCUUCAACACACAGUGCUCGACGCAGUGGGACGGCUUCAACCACUUCCCGUACAAGAACUACCCCAAGGAGGGGGAGUACACCUACUACGGCGGGCAGAGCACCGAGGUCGCGCGUGACAAGAGCAUCAAGAAGUACGGUAUCCAGAACUACGCCGAGCACCCCAUUACGGGCCGCGCCCACCUUCUCGACGUCCCGCGCCACCUCGCGGCGACUGGCCAGCCGGCGCUCACCCCCCUGCAGCGCUGCGGCAUCACCCUUGACAUGCUCAAGGACACGGCCAAGGCGCAGGGCUGCGAGUUCGCCGAGGGCGACAUCCUCAUCGUCCGCACCGGCCUCACCGAGGCCAUGCUUUCCCUCGGCGAGCAGGAGUACAAGGACACCCUGGCGGCCGCGCGUGGCUGGGUCGGUGUCGAGGCGAACGAGGACGUGUGGCGCUGGCACUGGGAGAGCGGAUUCGCCGCCGUCGCGACAGACACGUUCGGAUACGAGGUCUACCCCUUCGUGCCCGGGCAGUUGACGUGCCACGAGGUGUUCCUCGCCGGGUGGGGGCUGCCGAUCGGCGAGCUGUUUGACUUGCGCAAGCUCGCGAAGGUGUGCGAGGAGAAGAAGCAGUGGACGUUCUUCUUCUCCUCCAUGCCUCUCAACCUUGACGGCGGCAUUGCGUCGCCGCCUAAUGCGCAGGCCAUUCUCUAGAGGGGGUUAGAAGUCAUCAAUGCAUGGGAUAGUAGUGUUUA